AUGGCUUUCAUUGAUGUUGUAGUACUCUGUAUUAAGGAAGUAAUUGCGAAUAUUGAACUUGAUUUCGAAAUUGCAUCGACGACAACACGACAACGACGUAGAAGCCGCAAACACUUCGUCAAGACCCUUACGGGCAAGACCAUCACUCUUGAGGUCGAGUCCUCAGAUACGAUUGAUAACGUGAAGUCGAAGAUUCAGGAUAAAGAAGGGAUUCCCCCCGACCAGCAACGCCUGAUUUUCGCCGGCAAGCAACUUGAGGAUGGCCGAACUCUCUCCGAUUACAACAUCCAGAAGGAAUCAACCCUCCAUCUCGUUCUCCGUCUCCGUGGUGGUAUCAUUGAGCCAUCGCUCAAGGCUCUCGCGUCGAAGUUCAACUGCGACAAGAUGAUCUGCCGAAAGUGCUACGCCCGUCUCCCACCCCGUGCCACCAACUGCAGAAAGAAGAAAUGCGGACACACCAACCAGCUCCGACCAAAGAAGAAGCUAAACAUGAGGCAAGCAAUGGGACAACGAUCAACGCCGGAAUUGAACGAUCUAUGUGAUGAUUCUGGUGUUUCAGUAGCAGCACAUGUGAAAAUGGUUACGGCUUCAUGGAGCAGUUAG